GGAGACCAAAGUUCAUUUCAAAGAAUAUGCUGUGCUGGUUGCAAGGAAGUCAGUGAAGAAUACGUUUCCAAGAUUGAAAAAGCUAUGACAGAUUCCAACAAGAUGAUCAUCAAUUUGGCUGUCUUUGGCAGGACUCAGAGUGGGAAAAGUUCUGCUGGGAAUGUUCUUUUGGGAAGUGUUGACUUCUACAGCACCUUUGCUCCAGGUUCUGUAACCAAAGAUUGCAGCUUGGGCCGAAGCUGUCACCUCCACGGCUUCAUGCGUCGAGGGGGACAAGAGAUAAGCCUGCAGAUACAGGUACUGGACACUCCAGGAUAUCCACACAGCAAGCUGAGCACAAGACAUGUAAAGCAGGAAGUGAAGAAGGCCCUGGCACAUCACUUUGGGCAAGAGGGUCUCCAUCUUGCUUUGUUGGUCCAGAGAGCCGAUGUGCCUUUCUUCGGACAGGAAGCGUCUAACUCAGUCCAGUUGAUCCAGGAACUUCUGGGAGAUUCUUGGCAGAAUUACACUGCUAUUCUUUUUACCCACGCAGAAGAAGUAGAAGAGGCUGGGCUCAGUGAAGAGGAAUAUUUGCAUGGGGCCUGUGAUACGCUGUUAUCCUUGCUGAAUUCUGUUCAGCGGAGAUGUGUUUUCCUGUAUGGAAAAGGAAACUUGCAUAACGAACAAAGAAUUAAAAUCUUAGAAAGAAUCAUGGAAUUUAUAAAAGAAAAUCAUUACCAAGUUCUUACUUUUACAUAAAAUGUAAGUGAAAAGAAAAGAGCACUGGGUAUUAAUCAGGGUUGGAAAUCUGAUUUUAAAAUCUAUCUUUGUCCUCAUAAAUACGAGGGAUGGGAAUUCCCUGUACUGCCAUAUAGCCAUUUUGGAAAAUUAUAAAUAAAAACUAAUAUCAAAGAGUCAAGAUUUCAUUAUAUCAGAACUAUACGCAUAAGUAUUUAUCCAACAGAAAAGUAUACGUUUGUACAUUAAGAAACAUGCAUAUACAAGAAUGUUCAUGGUGGUAUGAUUCAUAAUGGUUAAAACCUGAAAACUAUCCAAACAUACAUUAAUAGACUGAUAUGCAAAUUGUGGCAUAUUAGCACAUU